ACUGACCGCCUGGUCUGGAGGGCGGCCGGUCACUGUCCACCCCAGAGGGGGGGGGGGAGAGGUAUAUAAACUCCCCUGUCGGCAGAGCGAGGGGGCAGUGUGGCGGAGCAACUGGUCGGCGUUUGAAGAAACUCAGCUACUCGUCUGCUCGUCCGGCCAUCAUGAGGCUGUUGCUGAUGGCGCUCUGCGCCGGGCUGGCCGCCGCCCUUCCCACGGCCUACGACGCCGCCCAGAACGAGGUCGGCACCUCGGAGGUGUUCCAGCAGACCAGGCAGGAGGCGUCGCACUCCGUCCAGGAGACCUCCUACUUUUACAGCAACGAGGGCGAGAGCAUCAUCGAGAUCACGGUGGCCGAGGCUCCGGCCUACAACCUGGUGUGCAUGCCGUCCAAGGAGCUAGUGGAAUCCGCCCAGGUUAUCGUCCAGGAGACCGUUGACGAGGAGGAAGCUGCCGUCUCUGCAGCUGCUGGAAGCGCUGCCGCCAGCGCAGCAGCUUCCGAAGGUGCUGCCGCCUCGGCUGCCGCUGGAGAAAGCGCUGCUGCUGCUGCCGCUGCGGCUGAGAGUGCCGCUGCUUCAGCUGCUGCUUCUGAGGGUGCCGCUACUUCAGCUGCUGCUGGCGAGGCUGCUGCCGCCUCAGCUGCUGCUGCUGAAAGCGCUGCUGCCUCGGCUGCCGCUGCCGAAGAUGCCGCUGCCGCUUCAGCCGCUGCUUCUGGGGGCGCUGCUGCUUCGGCUGCAGCCGGCGAGGCCGCUGCCGCUUCGGCUGCCGCUGCUGAAAGCGCGGCCGCUUCGGCUGCUGCAGCUGAGGGUGCUGCUGCUUCGGCUGCUGCUGGCGACGCCGCUGCUGCCUCAGCGGCUGCUGCUGAGAGCGCUGCCGCUUCAGCUGCCGCUGCCGAAGACGCUGCUGCUUCGGCUGCUGCUGCUGAAGGCGCUGCUACCUCGGCUGCUGCCGGCGGGGCCGCUGCUGCUUCAGCCGCUGCUGCUGAAAGUGCUGCUGCCUCGGCUGCUGCCGGCGAGGCUGCUGCUGCCUCAGCUGCUGCUGCUGAGAGCGCUGCUGCUUCCGCUGCCGCUGCCGAAGGGGCUGCUUCCUCAGCAGCCGCUGGCGAAAGCGCUGCUGCUUCCGCUGCCGCUGCCGAAGGGGCUGCUUCCUCAGCAGCCGCUGGCGAAAGCGCUGCUGCUGCUGCCGCUGCUGCCGAGAGCGCUGCCUCUGCCGCUGCCGCCGCUGAGGGCGCUGCGGCCUCAGCAGCCGCUGGUGAAGGUGCUGCGGCUUCGUCUGCUGCUGGUGAAGGCGCUGCGGCUUCGUCUGCUGCUGGUGAGGGUGCUGCUGCCUCUGCAGCUGCCGGAGGAAAGACCGAGACUUCUGCUGCUAUCUAUGUCGAGGAGUACGUCGGCCCCGACCACCUGGAAGCGUGCACCUGCGUGCCAUUCUACCUCUGCAAGGACGAGAACAUCAUCAGUGACGGAGCCGGCCAGAUCGACAUUCGCUUCGGAGCCGGAGCCGGGCCCUCCAACACCAAGUGCCGGCACUUCGAGUCGGUGUGCUGUCUGCACCCGGAGCUCCGUCCUGUGCCGGAGAUCGUUGCCGAGCUGACGGCCGAGCCGUACUACCCGAGCUGUGGACGUCGCAACCCGGAGGGCAUCGGAUUCGCCAUCGAGGGCUUCAAGGACUCGGAGUCGCAGUUUGCCGAGUUCCCGCACAUGGCCAUCAUCAUGGAGGAGGAGUACAUCGGAGGAGAGCUGCGUCACCGUUAUGUCUGCGGAGGAUCCCUGGUCACCACCAACAUCAUCCUCACGGCCGGACACUGCGUAGCUGGGAAGGACGCCAGUAAACUACUGGUGCGUCUCGGAGACUGGAACACCAAGACGCUCACGGAGCUGCUGCCCCACCAGGAGUACCGCGUAACUCGGUCCGUGGUACACGAAAGACUCAACAAGAGGACGCUGUUCAAUACUGUAGCGCUGCUCUUCCUCGAAUCAGAGGUUGAGCUGCAGCCACACAUCGACACCAUCUGCCUUCCCUCCUUGGCGGACGUCAGCUCGGGCGUUCCCUUCUACGACUCGGCGCACUGCGUCGCUACCGGUUUCGGUCGCGACCAGUUCGAGGGAGGUCAAUACCAGAACAUCAUGAAGCAGGUAGACCUGUCGGAAGUCUCUCACGACGACUGCCAGGACAGCUUGCGGCGUACGCGACUGGGCCGCUGGUUCCGGCUCCACAAGUCGUUCACAUGCGCCGGUGGAAAGCCGGGCGUGGAUACGUGCAGAGGCGACGGCGGAUCGCCGCUUAUCUGUCCGCUUCUGUCGGACCCCACCAAGUACGUUCAGGUCGGUAUAGUGGCCUGGGGUAUCGGCUGCGGCCAGCGCGGCGUACCUGGUGUAUACGCCAGCGUCAGUCAGCUCCUGCCGUGGAUCCUGGAGCAUAUGACCGUCGGCGGCGUCAGCGUCGUCGAAGAGCUCGUUGAAGAGCACGAGGCGGUUCAGGUGUGUAUCACCAAGAACCCGUUCACCGAGGCUGAGUACCAGGAGCAGAUUCCGAUUAAGGUCGGGCCGGUGCCUCAUGAUGUGGAGCACUUUGAGCAGCAACAACAGGGGACUGGCUACUAGACCAGCUGCGUCCACCUAUGACGGCCACGCAGAGCCACCAUCAGCAAACGCUGGGAAGACUAAGAGCGAAGCAGAAUGCUCCCAGACGUGGCCCCCGCUGUAAUCGGAAGGCCAGACGGUGCGGGGUGCCGACGACGAUAAACGAUAUAAAUAAAUAGGUACAUAAACGAAACAGAAAACAUAUCGUUUUUACGUCGUCGGUAAAUCCGCUUCGUCCGGGUAUGUUUUGGCAAAGAUGUGACACAUGUUUGGUAAUUUUACGUUUUGAAUGAAUGCAAUAAAUGAGGAGCAAGCA